UGAAAUUUUUUAUUGCACAAUGUACACAGUUUUAAAGUGAAAUUGUUGAAAAAGUUGAAAAUGUUGUUGACAUUCAAGCUGGAGCUGAAUUCAGCAUUUGAAUACAAUUUUUGCAAUGUUAAAAUAAAGCUAAUUACAAACAUAAAGGAUGUUGAUCGACACCUCUUGAGAGUAUUUGUUUAUUAGUCAUAGAUUGUCAUUGUUCCGGUUGAGAAGCGCGUGAUUGAAAUUUCAUCGCAUUGGCCAAACCGCAAAACGAAAUGGCAAAGAGCAAGAAACACAGUGAUAUAAUUGUAGUUAUGUAUUUGCGGUGGCGCACAUUCGUUGCGUCGUUCUUGACUUUUCGUAACGACGAAUUCACUUUUUCCACGGACGAUCUCUUUUAUAACGCGCUAACGGGCUUAACCAUGAUUAGACAGAAGCAAGCUGGGUGCGUGGAAAAAAAAACGUAGUCCCUCGACUCGGUUCUUUCGAUAUCGCAUAAAUGUUUGUUGACAACAUGAAAUUCGAAGCUGAAACGGUCUUUCCGAAAACGGAAGCCAAAUGCAUGCAGACCGGCGAACGAACGAGAGUCCGCAAGGUCGCCGCAGUACGCGAGACAACGCGAGGGAGUGUCUGGCUUCGAGCGAGACCGUCGGGCGCGCGGGGAAAGCCAGCGAAGAAAACACGGGUGCGCAUGCUUGCAGGUGCUGGCGCUGGCGGUGAGCUUCGUGGUGUCGGUGCUGGCCAACCUGGGCAUCGCGGCGUGCGUGCUGCGCUACCGCGAGAUGCGCACGCCGACGAACCUGUGCCUGGUGAACCUGGCGGCGGCGGAUCUGCUGUUCGCGCUGGGCGUGCCGGCGGCCGCCUACACGCGGCUCAGCCAGCAGUGGCGCCUGGGCGAGGCCGCCUGCCGGCUGCUGCCCUACUCGCAGUUCGUCUGCGGCUUCGUGCUGCUCUGGACGCUCAGCUUCAUCUCCAUGGACCGCCACCGGUGCCUGGCCGUGGCGCCGUACCGCAGCGCGCUCACCGGCGGCCGCGUGCUGGUCGCCUCGGCGCUCGCCUGGGCCAUCGCGGCCUCGCUCUUCCUGCCGGCCGCCUUCUGGUUCCGGCUGAAGGUCUGUGCGCGCGCGCGCGCGCGCGCCACGGCCGCCCGAGCACGGCACGACUGCAGCGGCGCGUCUGUUCGCAGACGGUGGCCGACGGCCGGACCAUCUGCACCCUGGUGUUCCCGCGCAGCGAGGCGCUCAACGUCUCGCUCUGCUUCACCCUGCCCGUCGUCGCGCUGGCCUGCCUGCUGCCCAUGGGCCUGCUGGUCUACCACUACCAGCGCAUCUUCCAGCGGAUGCUCGACACGCGCCACCGCUGGGCCGUGCCCUGCGUCGCUCAGGGCUUGGAAAGUGAGUCGAGCAGACGCCGGGACUCGGAGCUGUCGGUGGUGGGCGUGGUGGUGCCGUGGGCUGGGCGCAAGCUGUCCUCGGCGUCGAUGACGGGUGGCGCAGGCUGCGGCGCCGGGCGCCAGGUCCGAGCGGGCAGCCUGUCACAGCACGAGGAGGUCCGCCUGCACAAGCACCUGCGGGUCGUGCGCGUGCUUCUGCUUAACGUCGGCGCGGUGCUGCUCAUGUGGCUGCCCAUCACCGUGGUCAUGCUGCUCAUAUACCUCGACGGCAGACGCCCGACCGAAGACACUGACUUCUUCUUGAGGUCCCAUCACUUCGUCUGGGCGCUGGUCGUGGCGCAGUUCAACACGGUGGUGAACCCUCUGCUGUACGGCGUCUUCUCGGAGAACUUCCGCGCGUGUUUCGCCAAGCUGUGGCGACGCGAGGCCGCGCACAACAACAAGAGCAACAACAAGAGCAACAACAACAACAACAACAACAACAGCAACAACAACAAUCCGGCGAGCGGGGAGCGUCCGAGCGGCGCUGCUGGGAGCAGAGCCGGCGGUGCCAGGUCGCUCGAGGUGCUGCAGACCCGACUGGCCGGCAGACUGACCGGCAACGGUUGCUCUUCCAACAAGUCGCCCAGCUGCGGCAUCGCCAGCAUCAUCGAGAUGCCUGCGUCCGAGAAGCUCUAGCUGAUCGAGCCCCGCUCGCCAGCUUGCUAAAGUUGUAACCGACCGACCGGAAGACUGCGUUUCAGCAAAAAGUGCUCUCGGCGAAACUUGCAUCGCCCAUUCGAGAUCUCGACGAGAGCGCUCCGCCGACACUCGAUCCUACCCGCUCGCCAAUUUCUACCAGGACCAUUCCAUUUUGUUUAGUUCAUUUUGUCCACUCAUUAUACUCUAUUGCAAGAGCAGCGAGUAGAUCGAACAUUUGAUUUUGCGAAAAUAUUCCCCUAGACUGUGCUAACACCUGUUAUACUUCGAUUUAAGAAAAAUGUCAUUGAAAACACUGAUUUGCAUAAAACGUAAAAAAAGUUCCCGUCAAAACCAAUUUACUACUAAGACUUUUAUGAGCCGUUCGGAUGCGUAAAAGUCAGCCAGUGAAACAUCGACUGUAAUGUUAAUAUACAGUGAGAUUGAUCAGCAGGUUGUCUAACGGAUACGCGAGUCGCAUUUCUGCAGCCGCGUCGGAGCAACAUAACUUGAUGGCACUUGAACAUCGUCGUUAUUUCUUUUCGAUCAUUAACUACUCGGAGCGUUGCAAGUUAUCAAACGAUUUAACCAGACGUCGAAGCAAUUCCAUAUUUCGAGACGCAGCAUUAAAAAUCGAUUUGACAUUAACUACGAAUAAUGGGAGGCAAAUGCACAAUGACACGAUUACAACGCUGUAUAGUCGCAUGGGUGUUUUGAUAACACCUAUACAUGUGAAUCUAUUAAUGUUUUGAUACGGUUAAUGUCUCUGUGCUUUUCUUGCCUAUGGCAGAAAUCGAGCUUAUGUACGAGUAAACAUUACACCCAUUCCUAUAUUUUUUAUAUCCAUCGCAAAAAACAAUAUGAAUAUAUAUUUUAAGGAAAUACACUGGGAUUAUAUGUAUAAAAUAAAAUACGAAACAUAUUAGCGUCAACACUGUAUUGGUUGUAUUCGGAAAAUAGUGAAAUAGCUCGUUUCUACGUAAAAAAUGUCCAAGAAAAUUUUACCCAUCUGCAAAUAGGCCGAUUGACGAGUCACGCUGUUCUCAUUGCUACUACAAUACCUAGGCAUGCUUUGCGCGUAGUGGCUCUGGCCGAAACGCAUUUUAUAAUUAUUUUUUAUGUUUUCACAGUUUUCAACUUUUUAUUCGACAGAGAAAUGCGUUAUUCCUCAGUGUGUAAAUACUUCAUCGUUUCAAGAUUCUUUUCAAAAAUAAUGAUUAUUCCUCUCUAGUUGCACCGUCAUUGUAUUUGAGAAUAUAAAAUUGCAAUCGUAAAAAUUACUUUGCGUGCUAAAAUAGUUGUAAUCAAUGUAAGACAGAAUGACGCACUUUCAGAAUUUCGAUGCAAGCAGGACAUUUAUCAAUGUAAAUACGUGAGUAUUUUUGUAUUGAUAUGCGUUAAAGAAGUUGUUUAUUAAAUCAAUGUAUUUUUGUACUUAGUCAAACUUUGAGUGCUAUUUAAAAGACUUGAGUUAUUUUUAACUAUAUCGUACUUGCUAGACUUGAAUAGUUUUCGAAGCUCAUAACGUACGUGACAGGUCAAAGUUUGGCAAAUAAUGUAAUGAAUGAUUUGUGUAAAGAUUCA